AAAUUAAAGAAAUUGGUUGAACAACAUGGAACUGAUGAUUGGACUCUAAUUGCUAGUCAUCUUCAAAAUCGCUCUGAUUUUCAGUGCCAGCAUCGAUGGCAGAAAGUUUUAAAUCCUGAAUUGAUAAAGGGUCCUUGGACUAAGGAAGAAGAUCAGAGGGUUAUUGAAUUAGUUCAGAAAUAUGGACCAAAAAGAUGGUCUUUAAUUGCAAAACAUUUAAAAGGAAGAAUAGGCAAGCAGUGUAGAGAAAGAUGGCAUAAUCAUCUGAAUCCUGAGGUAAAGAAAUCUUCCUGGACAGAAGAGGAGGACAGGAUCAUCUAUGAAGCACAUAAGCGAUUGGGAAAUCGUUGGGCAGAAAUUGCUAAACUACUUCCAGGAAGGACUGAUAAUUCUAUCAAAAAUCAUUGGAAUUCUACUAUGCGAAGAAAAGUGGAACAGGAGGGCUAUUUACAAGAUGGAAUAAAAUCAGAACGAUCUUCAUCUAAACUUCAACACAAACCUUGUGCAGCUAUGGAUCAUAUGCAAACCCAGAAUCAGUUUUACAUACCUGUUCAGAUACCUGGGUAUCAGUAUGUGUCACCUGAAGGCAAUUGUAUAGAACAUGUUCAGCCUACUUCUGCCUUUAUUCAGCAACCCUUCAUUGAUGAAGAUCCUGAUAAGGAAAAGAAAAUAAAGGAACUUGAGUUGCUGCUUAUGUCAGCUGAGAAUGAAGUUAGAAGAAAGCGAAUUCCAUCAAAUUCACCCACAAAGUUCCUGGCCGUGGAGGCCAACGCUGUGUUGUCCUCUUUGCAGACCAUCCCAGAAUUUGCAGAGACUCUAGAACUUAUUGAAUCUGAUCCUGUAGCAUGGAGUGAUGUUACCAGUUUUGAUAUUUCUGAUGCUGCUGCUUCUCCUAUCAAAUCCACCCCAGUUAAAUUAAUGAGAAUUCAGCACAAUGAAGGAGCCAUGGAAUGCCAAUUUAACGUCAGUCUUGUACUUGAAGGGAAAAAAAACACUUGUAAUGGUGGCAACAGUGAAGCUGUUCCUUUAACAUCCCCAAAUGUAGCCAAGUUUAGCACUCCACCAGCCAUCCUCAGAAAGAAGAGAAAAAUGCGAGUGGGCCUUUCCCCAGGCAGCGAACUUAGGGAUGGCUCAUUGAACGAUGGUGGUAAUACAGCGCUAAAACAUACACCACUGAAAACACUACCAUUUUCUCCUUCACAGUUUUUCAACACAUGUCCUGGAAAUGAACAACUUAAUAUAGAAAAUCCUUCAUUUACAUCAACCCCUAUUUGUGGGCAGAAAGUUCUCAUUACAACUCCUCUUCAUAAGGAAACAACUCCCAAAGAUCAAAAGGAAAAUGUAGGUUUCAGAACACCUACUAUUAGAAGAUCUAUAUUGGGUACCACACCAAGAACUCCUACUCCUUUUAAGAAUGCGCUUGCUGCUCAGGAGAAAAAAUAUGGACCUCUUAAAAUUGUGUCCCAGCCACUUGCCUUCUUGGAAGAAGAUAUUCGGGAAGUUUUAAAAGAAGAAACUGGAACAGACCUAUUCCUCAAAGAGGAAGAUGAACCUGCCUACAAAAGCUGCAAACAAGAGAAUACCGCUUCUGGGAAGAAAGUCAGAAAAUCACUAGUCUUAGAUAAUUGGGAAAAAGAAGAAUCAGGCACUCAACUGUUGACUGAAGACAUUUCAGACAUGCAGUCAGAAAAUAUAUUUACUACAUCCUUAUUAAUGAUACCAUUAUUGGAAAUACAUGACAAUAGGUGCAACUUGAUUCCUGAAAAACAAGAUACAAAUUCAACCAACAAAACAUACACACUUACUAAAAAGAAACCAAACCCUAACACUUCCAAAGUUGUCAAAUUGGAAAAGAAUCUUCAGUCAAAUUGUGAAUGGGAAACAGUGGUUUAUGGGAAGACAGAAGACCAACUUAUUAUGACUGAACAAGCAAGAAGAUAUCUGAGUACUUACACAGCUACCAGUAGUACUUCAAGAGCUCUCAUACUGUAAUUAUUAUUAAAAUUGAUGAAAUGCCCCCCUCCCUUACUGCAAUCUCUACUAAAUUAGGUUGCAGUGAAAUUUUUCUCAAUUAGUUGUUUUUAAAGUUGUAAGAUAGCCCUUUUAAUACAGCAUCUUUUUUCUAUUCUACAUAGUAGGCAGAAAGCUAGUAAGUCACUUAAGGGGUAGACAGUUUCAUAGUUUAUUUUUUAAGAGAUGAGAUUUUUAAAAAUUGUUUUUAAAGAACAAGAUGGGAAAAUAAUAGAAUGUUCAUGGAUUUCUAAAAGUAAAUUCUCAUAUUUUCUUCACAAGAUAUAUGUUGCUACUCUCUUGAUGCUGCAGUUUUGUUAUAGAUAGGUGUAAGAGUAGAUAUGAUUUCUGAAAUUAGUCUAUGUAUGGAAAGCACACGAUUUUAUGAAGUACUUUUGCCCACGUGCUGAUCUACUUAGGCUACCAUUUACAAAGAAACACAUUGAAAAGGAAUUUAAAGGAAGGCUAGAAAGUUGCACUACUAAUUUUUUUUUUUUUUCAGAAGCGGUAAAAUUAACUACAGUGUUAAAUGUAUUUAUUUGAGCAUAGUACUGAAAACAAAAAGCAUUCAAAAAAGAGUUUUUUCUUUAUUAGUAAAUAGUAUUUUCUUAAUCUCAGAAGAGCUGAGAAUUUUGUUGAAUGUAUUGUACAGUAUGUAGGAGCAGGAGGACUUUGUAAAUUGGAAAGAAGUCGGUUUUUUAUAAUUUAUUUUUAUUUUUAAAGCUUAAAUGUAGAUAUUUAUACGUAUACAGGGUGCCUAGAAGCCAAUGUUGUUUCCUGUUAUUACAGCUAACACAGUAAAGAAAAAUUUUGACUUUAAGUAUGAAACAAUAGUAAGUUAUAGCUGCAAAGAAUACAAUAUCUCUACUAUAUGUCACAUCUACCUAAAUGUUGCACUAUGCCCUUUAAAUCAUGUUGGUUAUAAAGUAGUUCUAAAAAUGUACUAAAUAAUAAUUUAAUACUUUCUUUUUAAAUUAUAUCGGGGAUGGUCAUAUACAUUAAUCUGGUGAUUUGUAUAUGUUUUUGAAAUUUUUGCAUUUUGUUUAAAAAAUAAUAUGGUACCUUGGUCCCUAAAAACAGUCUGCACUUAGAAGUUUGUAUUUACUCAGUGUUUCAGAAGUGGAGAACAUUAUCUUUUAUUUAUAAAAAUAUUUUGUCCUUUUUUAAAUGUUUUGUGUUUCUCUACAGGUUACAACAGUUGCUUCAGUUGCCUGUUUUAGGUGUUUGCACUUAUUUUAUUUCUUCUUGAAAGAUUUUUUAUUUGCUUUUGUGGUAGAGAUUAUAUGUAAUUUUUUUCAGUCAUAUAAUGGUGUGCUGUCAACUUAAACACUGACAGGUAAAUAGAAUUGUACACUGUAGUUUGAAUUAUUUAUAAUUGACACACUCUCUCCCUCUCCACUCCUGAAGUAUGCUGCUAUAGAAAAUAGCAGAAUCGGCUUGCUGCUACGAGAGAAGGAAAGAGCGACCACCACUUGCACUGUGUGAAAAGAUAAAAAACAAAUGAUGGCAAGUUCUCAAGUUAACUAAAUGGAAUCAACCAUUACCAGGCAAAUUCUUACAAAUACCAAAAUACUACUAUGCCUUAAAAAACAAAAUGAAAGCAGGUUAAGAUUUUCUGCUCUGUUCGUAUGUUAAUAGAAAUGGAAAUACUAAGUAUUUUAAUGCUUAGCUCUUGAACAGUAGACCUAAAAGGGUUUUAAGCUAUUUAAAUCUACUUGCUAGUUUUUGCAUAUUUUUUAUAUAUAUAUACACACACACACACACAUAUAUAUAUAUAGUGAGAAGUGAAGAAAAUGUAUGGUACUAAGAUUAUGCCUUGUUGAUAAAUAGAUAAACCAAUUUGAAUCUUCUUAGCAUGUUUAAGUAUGUUGAUUGCUUUCUAAUUAAUGAACUUCUCACAGAAAUUUCACUUAGUGAAACCAAUGAUUGUAGCAAACUCAUACUGGAUCAUUUCAGUUACCUUGAACUAAUAGCACAUAAUAGUUUUUUGUUGUUGUUGUUUUUAAUGUAGCCCUUACCUGGAUAUACAUAGUCUGCAAUCACCAAAGUAUAAUAUCUUAUAAGAGCUAUAUUUUUAAAGCAUAUUUUUUCUUGAGCAUUAAAUUAUCCUAAAUGGUAAUAUAUUGUGGAUAAGUCUGGGCUUAUUGGACAUAACACAUAUUUGGGUUGGUAUUGGUUGAAUCCUUCAGUUAACUGCUUUGUUGCUUUUUGCAAGAUUUUUAAUCUUAAACAUGUCAGGCAUCUUAAGUCACCUUUAUAAUGUUUUGUUCCUCUGAGUUUCUUUCAGCAUGUUAUACAAAUGCCAGACAUACAUGUAGCAGCCAUACUUGCAUGGAAACUGACUACACAUAUAUAAUACUGCAUUUUAUUGUAAGGUUUUCACAUUAAUACAGCAAUUACCCUGACUAAAUUGAGUUUUGUGAUAUAUGGAAAACUCCAUUGUAAGAGAAUCUUGCAUACAAUGUCGACAUAUUAACAUCCAAAAUAAAGCAUCUGUGUACAAGCUGA